CACUUAUAUUUUAAAUUUUGUCAUGAUAGUUCUUGGUUAGUGGUCAUUAGAUACAAUUAAAUAUUUCUUUAAUAUUUUGAAUUUGUAGAUUUUUAAUAUUAAGUAAAUUAUACUUAACUUAAAUUCAAAAUGAGUUUGUCACACACUCGUAAUAUACUUCAGCAUUCUAACAAAUUGUUACAACUCAAUAAUGGCUCAAUUUCCAAUAGUAUUCGCGGAUUGACAAUACCAAUUGUAGUAGAACAAACGGGUCGUGGGGAACGUUCUUAUGAUAUAUUUUCUAGACUUCUUAAAGAACGUAUAGUUUGUGUUAUGGGAGAGAUCAAUGAUCAUGUGGCUUCAUUAGUAAUAGCACAGUUAUUGUUUUUACAAUUUGAAAAUCAAAAAGCCACAAUCAAUAUGUAUAUUAAUAGCCCUGGUGGUAGUGUUACAGCUGGUUUGGGCAUUUAUGAUACUAUGAUGUACAUUAAUCCAGAUGUAUCAACUUGGUGCAUAGGACAAGCUUGUAGUAUGGGAAGUAUUUUAUUAGCCGCUGGAGCAAAGGGUAAAAGGCAUGCUUUGCCUCAUUCAAGGAUCAUGAUUCAUCAGCCAUCUGGUGGAAUGCAGGGAAAAGCAUCAGAUAUGAAAAUUGUAACUGAUGAAAUUCUAAGACUUAAAUCAUCGUUGAUUGACAUUUAUGUGAAACAUACAGGAAUGCCAGCAGAUAAAAUUGAUGCUAGUUUGGAAUCAGAUCAUUUUAUGAGUGCGGAUGAAGCUCUUACUUUUGGAUUGAUUGACAAAGUUGAAAAACUAUCAAUAAAUUGAUUUAAUAUAGGUACUAGUGUAUUUUUUUUUAUUUAAAUAUCAAUACAAAAUUGUUGUGGUUAUCUUUUAAAAUUAGUCUGAAUUGUUCACUAAAA